CGCUGUUUUGUUUUUGCAGUAUAUUUUAUGGCGUAGUGAAAAAUAAACGUCCAAAACGCCGCUUUUUUCGGCAUUUUACAAAUACAACGCGUUUCGUUUGAGGAGAAUUCUGAACACUUUGACUUUGCAUACCGUGCAAUGGGAGUUCAUCGUCUUGUCUGUAACCACAUCCUCCUUGUUAUCGUGCAUCUUGUAAUAAUUCUUGUAAUAACCGCUGUGGGGGUGUACAUAUUUGUCGGUCUUUGUUCUUGUUCACGGUAGUGUUCGACAUUUUGUAAACUGUAAAAGUUACAGACAGAACAUAAGGGUAAAGCAGUCUAGGUUUGCUAGGCUCUUUCCCUCCAGCAUUAUCCGCUCGGACUUUACCGAAAAAGAAGUUUAGGUCUGCAAUGGGAGUCGAUGUAUUUUGAAUAACAUACACUAAAUGACAGUGUAGCAUUUGCUUGUGAUGGCAUCUGCUCAAAGAAGAGAACUUGCUGAUGCCAGCACACAGAACAAUGCUACCAGGGCUGACUACAACCAUCUUCCAAUUACAAAAUGGACAAAAGAGACUGUUCACAUGUGGCUUUGUGAUGUGGUAAACAUUAACCAAAAACAUGCAGACAAGUUUGUUGAGGAGGAAGUAUCAGGUGAAGAUCUAGCAUGCUUUGAAAAGAAAGACCUACUCGAUAUGGGAGUAGAACAUGGUCCAGCUGUUAGGAUCAUGUCAAGAUUAAAGAAACACAUAGCACAAUCUGAAAUAGCAGCAUCUCACCAACAUGACAAGGAAAUAACACAGAUAAACAGACUGAAAACUGUUACACCUCAAAUGGAAACUUGUACAAAGGACAAAUCUGAGAACCAAAGACACUAUGUUCAGGAAACAGAGACAGGCCAUGAGCUCGAAAGCAUGCCUUUUACAGUGCUUCUUAAAUAUCUUAACGAACUGACAGAAGAAAACUUCAAAAUGUUUAAAAUAUACCUAAAUGAACCUGUGCUGGAUGAAUGCCGACCUAUUCCUAAAUAUCAGUUGGAGAAGCAAGAAAGACCAGAAAUUGCUCUCUUGAUGAUACAUUAUCAUAGAGAAGAGGAUGCUUUGAAAAUAACCAAAUCAAUAUUAAAGAAGAUUCCACGAAAUGACCUUGUGGAAAGGUUGAUGGAGGAUGUUGGUAAGACAAAUCAAUUAAUGACCUUUAGGUUCUCAGGCACCUUGAUGUUUGAUAAUUCAGUUACAGUUGUUCAUGGAAGUUUACACACACUAAUCAUGACAUGAAUGGCAUGAUGACAUGAAAGGCAAUAUUGGGCUUACAAUGACAUCCUCUAGCAUUUCUUUUCCUGGAGCCG